AUGCUCGGCUCGCUCCCCGGAUUGAUCGAGCUCGCCCGCCGUCGCAGCGAUGGAUCAUUCGGUGCCUUCCCCUCCCUCCUCUUCUCCCCGGGCCGCCGCUGCCCCGUCCCCUGCUGCCGCUUUGACGCGCUGCGGCGCGCGUGCGCCGGGCACGCCGCCGUCGCCGCGCGGGCCGCCGGGUGGGCGCUCGGCGCGCUGCUCACCUGCGUCUUCGCCGUCGUGGGCUCACUCGUCGGAAUCUUCAUCGGUGCCUUCAUGGGGAUGUCCACGGAGAGCGGCAUGUUCCGCGGGGCUGGCGUUGGGGCAGUUUCUGGAGCAGUCUUCUCCAUUGAGGCUGUUGAGUCCUGCAUCGAGAUUUGGAGGUCCAGCCAUUCAGGAAAAUACAGCAUUCUCUUUGUGCUGGACAUCAUCUCUAGCCUCUUCAGCGGAAGAAUUGUGUGGGAGAAAGUCAGUCCAGCGCUACAGCGUGCAGUGCAAAGCCAGAUGAGUCUAAUGAGCACACCGUUCAUCGACAACAAUGACCUUUUUGAAACUGGCAGUACAGGAGGCAUGUCAAGGGAUUUGAUUGAUAGGAUCCCAAAGAUGAGGUUCAGCGCUGCAAGCGAUUGUGAUCAGGAAACUGAUAGCAGCUGCUGCUCAGUCUGCCUCCAGAGCAGGGGUUUUCAAUCAGCACCCGCUACCAUUGAUUUUCAGAUGGCGAAUCCUUGUGAGAAAUCGAAGAGGGGGGCAAAAGCUUCGCCCUGA